AUGGACGAGCUUACGAAGGUGCGGACGCUGUUCAAGAAGUACAUCCAGCAGUACUCAAGGCUCUCAGUAUUUUUCCGAGCCGACUUCACACAAAACGGACUCACGCGCGUUAACCGCCACGAAGUUGCUCGGCAAGCCGACCGACGGCGUAUGAUCGCUCGAUACCGCAACUACGUUCUCAUGUCCAGUCUGGAGACGUGGCACCAGCAUGUCGUGUGGCUGGAUGCGGAUGUCGAGAUCAUCUCUUCACAUUUACUCCCCAAGAUGAUUCAUUCCGGGCUCGAUAUCAUGAUGCCCACUUGCUACAGCAUGUUUCGAGGCGCCUGGAUCAACUACGACCAGAACGGGUGGGUCGGACAGCGCAAGGAGCGUCCGGCUGAUCUCCAAGUGAAUCGGCAUCAAAACUCGUCUAUUCAUUGA